AUGUCGACGACUGGGAAGGACUCGUCGACUCAUAAUCAGGAUUCCGCAAUGGCAAUAACCACCUCCAAGGACAAACGGCCAACUUUCGACUUCACCUCAGCAUCUUUGCAUCGUGGCAGUUGCGGUGGCAAGCUGACUACUGAUACAUAUGGAUUCCGUGACGACUACCAAUUACUACAACCUUCCGGUCGUCAUGUAGAAAUGGAUCAAACUGGCAUUCUGGCCGAACGUAAGGCGGCCGAUCGCAGUGGGUUGUUAUUCUCGACUCUGAGCACUUUUGCUCAGCCGAUCGAGAAAGGGGUUGCUCACGAAGGCGAGCAACAAAAUAAUGCAUUUGAGACAGUGCUUGGGAAUGGAGAAAAGGACCCGACCUACCAGAGCCAAGCAGUACUACUGAAAACGUCAGACUACUGCCAGCUGAGAGCAGAUAAGCAGACUAAGCGCCCGACCUUCAACAAGCUCUCCUCCAACCCAGCUAAAUCGACAUCGUACCAGGUAGGAAUGUUGCAAAAACGACCAACUCAUUCAUCCUUUCGCUCUCACAAGCAGUCAGUCGGCUUAAUUAUUUACGCGUUGGUGAUCAGAUGUUGCUUGCUUUCAUCCAGACGCAAACAUAGAAACCUGGACACUUGUAAUAUUUACCCAAUUGCUACAUGUUCCCUUGUUCUAGCUCACUUUCUACAAGUUCGUCCUCAUUUUCUUUGUAAAAAAACCACAUUAAUAGGCCUGCUCAGACCAAAGUCUCACUCAACCCUGAUGGUAUCGGCCUACCUGAGCCCUGAUUGA